AUCUUACAGUCGUGAGAAACGAUGUCGGCGAUCCGCAACCAAAAGCCUUUCCAGGCACAUCGUUCUGUCACGCGCCGGCCAUCCGUCCGUUCCUAUGCUGCUGCAAAGCUUUACAGUAAUCCUGCCAGCCGCGGUCGGAUCAUUGAAUGGUAUAUUCAGGAGCUGGGCGUUGCGGGUGAUGUCAAUGUUGUGAAUCUUGAUAUGCGCGAACAGCGUGAACAUAAGUCGGAUUGGUUCAAGCAGGUUAACCCGUUUGGCAAGAUUCCAGCCCUAGAGGACGGCGAUCUCAAGCUGUUCGAGAGCGGCGCCAUCCUGCUAUAUCUGGCUGAAAAGUACGGCGAGCUCCGUACUCCCUCUCAGCGGGCGCGUGCAGCUCAGUGGACGCUGUUCGCCAACAGCACCAUGACACAAGCCGUGUUCGUGGAGCAGUGGCGCGAGCGGUCCAUGCCGGAUCUGUUCCGUACAUUGGACGAGCUGCUGUCGCGCCAAGAAUACAUCGAGGGCGAUUCCUUCAGCGUGUCGGAUGUGGCUGUUGGUGCCUACUUGCUCUACAUCCCCGCUUUCUUUCCGCAGCUCGACCUGAGUCCCUAUCCCAAUGUGCUGGCCUACAUGAAGAGGAUGUCGGAGCGCCCCGCGUGCGCGGCCACUGUGGCUGCCAGGGCGACGCAGAAGAAGACCGAGGAGGUGGCCCCUGUCCAUACCAAGGCGUGAUGCUGAGGUGGACCCAGCUGCGCUGCUAGGAGGGAUCUGUUUUUACAAGCAUGGUUACUUUAUGUACUUGUAGAGCUGGGCGAUUUGGUCGUUUGUGAUGGUCAAAAUAUGCAUUCAGCUGGAUUUCCCUAAGUCCUUGGACUGUGGCUCUCGGGACACGAACUUGUACGCUGCACGGCCCGCGUUGAAGGUUGCGUAUCCGGCGAUACCUAUUGCGGCGACCAGCAUGAGUCCCGCUGUAAUGCGGACUGCUCGAGUGUGUCUCCGGAAGCCGUUCGAGGUUGGUUCGAACAAGCCGGACAUUUUUGCUUUGCCCUCCGUCCGAAAGGAAGCAGCAACAGUGCAGGCAUUGUGCUGGUAAAUUUGACGUGUAAAAUUUAAGGUACCGG